GAGAGUGAGGGAGAAAGCAGAGAGAGAAAGAGAGGGAGGGGUGAGAUCAGAACAUUUUUCUUUUUUUUCACAGACCAUUGUAAGUAGUCAGAGGCAAAUACAGAAGUGGAGAGCAGAGCAACAGGCAGUCGUGUCCUGAGAGAGCAAUGCUCAGUCCACUGACAACAGCUCAACAUCCAGACAGUAAGGAAGAAGAAGGUGUUUUAUACUGCUGUCUACCCUGGGGCCUCAGAAAAAAUUUGCCUUCUUCAAUGACAUGCCUGCACCACAUACCAAACCAGGGACGAAGUUUCUUUACUGCAUGUAGGAUGGUUUCCACAUGGACACUGUAGUUCAUCUACCUAACCUUCUCUAACCUGCUGGAUCACAGGAUCUUCUUACAGCUUCAUCACUGUCCAGCCUAUUCAAAUUGUCACUGUUGCUGCAAUUCCUAAUUUGGAGUAUUCCAUGAAAAUCUUGUCAAGAUGCUACAGGUAGUUUUCAUAACAUGGUGGAUGUUGAUUGGAAUCGCUGGAGGUCAGUCUCAAUCUCAACAACAAUCUCAAACUGAUGACUCAACCCCAUGGAGACAGAGGAUUCAAUGGGAGAAUAAUGGACGUGUAUACAGUCUGCUCAACAGUGGAUCUGAAUAUGUCCCAGCUCGGGCUCAAGAGCGAGACAGGAACCCCAGGGUGCUUUUGGCUGAUUCUCCUAACCGUAGAUCACAAGGUGGAAACGUACGCAGGCAAGCACCUCCUAGAGGAAGCUCAGAUACUGUGAGAGGACAAGCCAGACAUCCCUUUGGAUUUGGGCAAGUGCCUAAUAACUGGCGUCAAGGCGCUGUUGGGACAGGUGAAACAAGCCGCUUCCAGUCAUCUACUAGCACCCGUUUCAGACCAUCCUCUGGAUCAUCAUCCUCCUCAUCGUCUUCAUCCUUCAAUGCCCCAUCUUAUCCACAGUAUCCAGUCCCUCAACAGCCUCCUUAUGGUGCUCCCUAUGACCCAAUUUCGGACAGAUCAUAUGAACCUCCCUUUCAUGGAACAGGGUAUUCCACCGGCACUGGUGGUGGCUUCACUGGAGGAGGAUAUGGAGGGGGUGGAUACCAAACUGGUAGUUUUGGAGGAGGUAGCUAUAAUGGAGGGGUUCCCGUGUCUGAUGACAGGUAUCGCUACGUUCUCCCUUAUGAACAGCCAUACCCUGCUGUUCCUCCCCAACCUGCACAGCCACCUGUCGCAGAUGGAUUGGACCACAGAUAUACCCACAGUUUGUUCAAUGAAGACUCAAGAGACUCGAGUAAUGUUGCUGCACCUGUCUCUAAUGGUGCAUCGAGCAAUAUUGGGUCACCACCAUUCCAGCCUGCAGUGCAAAGCCCUCAGUACGAGCAGUUCCCACCUUUCGGAAGGCCACAGCCGCAGCCUCCAUUCUUGCAACCUGCUCCUCGAAACCCUCUAGCUUCCAACAAUGCAGAGAGCACCAACUUCAAUGUAGGCAAUGUUCACCGUCCUCAGCAAAGAGGUUUGCCUGACCUGGUUCCUGACCCGAACUAUGUCCAAGCCUCAACAUACAUUCAAAGAGCCCAUAUGUACUCAUUACGCUGCGCUGCAGAGGAGAAAUGUUUGGCCAGCUCCGCUUAUAGUGCUGAGACCAAAGACUAUGAUGUCAGGGUUCUUCUGCGGUUCCCUCAGAGGGUGAAAAACCAAGGAACGGCUGAUUUUAUGCCUAAUCGACCUCGACAUACCUGGGAAUGGCACAGCUGUCACCAACAUUACCACAGUAUGGAUGAGUUCAGUCACUAUGACCUUUUAGAGGUGAGCACUGGCCGCAAGGUGGCAGAGGGACACAAAGCGAGCUUCUGUCUGGAGGACACCACCUGUGACUUUGGUCACCUAAAACGAUACGCUUGUACUUCUCAUACCCAGGGUCUUAGCCCAGGUUGCUAUGACACAUACAAUGCAGAUAUUGAUUGCCAAUGGAUUGACAUCACAGAUGUUCAGCCAGGAAACUACAUACUGAAGCUCCAGGUCAAUCCCAAAUACUUGGUGCAUGAAUCUGACUUCACUAACAAUGUAGUCCGAUGCAAUAUCCACUACACAGGGCGCUUCGUCAAAACAUCAAACUGUAAAAUCUCCCAGUCAUGAUCUGCCAGGACUGGCGGCUCAACAUGGAUUCAUUUCCAGUAAAGCGCUGUUCCACUGCAAUGUGAAUAGUGUUUUUGUGAUUGUUUAUUGUAUUUGUCUUGGUUCCCGUUUAAGUGCUUUUCCGGUCCUUUGAGUCCAUUGUGAACUUGGGUUCAGUUUGUGCCAAGAAGAAUGAGCACACACACACAAAGACACAAUGAGGAUUUUACAGUGUAUUUUUUCAGACAACCCAUUAAUCCCAUUUCUUAUAAAUACACACACUAAACUCUGAAUUCCUAAACAUUUUAAAGUGGUUACAUCUGGAAAUUAAUGUAAACAUCGCUUGAAUCCAGGUGAGAUCAGGUAUGGCACUAUCAAACUGUAAUACAGAUUCGGAAAAAUACAACUGUACUGUUUAAGACUAAACAACUGGAAUGUUUUUUUUUUCUUUUUUCAAGCUUCUCUUCUCUUUACAGUUCUGUACCAAGGGGCAAUACUAAGUAAAAAAAAACCUUGGGAAAAUGACCAACCUGUCAAAUAUAAGGAAUCCUAGAAAAUGGAUUUGGGAUGGAAUAAGGAAUCAUAGAAAUGCAUUUGGGAUGGAAAAAGGUCUCCUAGAAAAUAGAUUCGGGAUGAAGUCACUUUGAAUAAAAGCCUUGUAUCCAAAAGUAAGCAAAAGCACUAAGUUUAUGAAGCUUUUUUUGGAGACGCAUUAUGGUCUUAAAUUUAAUCCGCUUCAAUUUACAUGUGGUUGGAAUACUGUCCAUUAGUAAUCCAAUAAUGCAAGCUAUAAACAUGCAGUGUAUACAGAUGUCACUAUUUAAAGAGACAGUUCAUCCAAAAAUGUACUCACACUGUUGUUAGAAACCUGUAUAAUUUUAUUUGAUCUGAUUUUAAGGAAUGUUUGUAACCAAUCCGAUCAGAGGUCCCUUUGACUUCCAUAGUAUUCUAGAAGUCAAUGUGUCCCUUGAUCUGUUAACAGACAUUCCUUAAAAUAUCUUUCUUCGCGUUCAUCAGAACAAAGAUUUUUCUACGGGUUUCUAACAACAUGAGAAAUUGAUGACAGAAUAUUCAUUUUGUGGUGAACUAUCCCUUUAAGCGCAUAUUGCAGUUUGGCAAAGGUAAGCUUGGAAUGAGCUAAGUUGAUAAGCUUGAAAAUCUGUUGCGAGCUAUACUUCUACUGAAUGAAUGUUGAUGUCCAUGUUGGAAUGUAUCUUAUCUAUUAUUUUAUAAUGUGCCAACACUGGUCAGAUGCCACAGGUCACAUUUUCUUAAUAUGAUACUGUUAACCCACUGAUGCAUGCCAUUAGCUAGAUACAGUAAGAAAUGCAUUUAUUUAAUUAAUCUGAUUGUAUUCAUAUCAUCUUUUCUUAUGUACUGUGUGGAGGGAAAUGCUGUACUUGCUGUCUUACAUUCCAGGAAUUCAUAUUUCUUUGUAAUCUAGAUUUAUGCUUUGAUUUGUUAAAUAUAAUACAACUAAGAUGAUACUACUGUUGCAUAGCUAACAUUGCAUAACUUGACAAUCUUAAUACCAUCCUUACCUACCUCGAAAUGAGAAACUAGUUUAGCGUGCAGUGAGUAAGCCUCCCCUAUUAUGCUACACUUGAAGGACACUACAUUACAAGCUUCUAUCGCCAUACGUUCUGACUCAUACGCGCAUAGUAUCUAUUAUACAUUUGGUUAAUUAUAUACUGCAUUUUUGUCAUCAGAGAUAUUUCAUGCAAAUGAAAUGUGUGUUUAAAUGUCUCCAUGUGACGUUCAUCUAACAAAGCUAAAUGAAUUCCUUACUGUAGUGAGCAAUUCUGUAAUAGACUCCACCUCGUUUCUGGAAAUAGAUCAAGACGAUAAAGUGUUUUCCAUUAUCAAGAUCCGGAUUAAAUGCAGAACAUUGUAUUCUUUUAUAUCUUGUAUAAAUGAUUAUCGUAACAUUGUUUUAGAAAAUCUGUGGCUGGCUGAUAUCUAUGUGUCCAAGACAGGUGCAGACAUCAGACCGCACAUCAAGCUCCUUGUGCUGUUGUUCCACAUUUGUGUAAAGUUUAUACUGAAUCUUUAAAUAAAGACAAAAGUGUAUAUCAUA